ACAAGUUUGUUUGAUUUCGGCUAAGAAGCAAGGAUUUUUUUAAAUUCUUUUUUGUGUCGAAUAUUUCACUUUUUGUCUACAUUCUUGUGAUCAGAUAAAUUAAUACGGUGUCGGUUUUCUACCUGCGAUACCUUCUUGAAGUUGAACCUAGUUUUAAUUUACUGCAGACUGGUUUGGGUUCAUAUUUGAAGAGUUUGUCCAAGGGAUUUCAAUAUUAAAAGGAUUUUUUUUAAACUGGUGGCAUGUGACAAUGUUAUAUCGUGGACGAGACAAAAGGGAGUUUUAUUUGGCUUCGUUGCUGUACGAUUCCAUAGAAUUUAGGCAUUUCGAGUCGGUGAAAUCUCUGCUGACUGAAAAGGGUGCUGACCCAAACUUGGUGCUGCCCAAAAAAGGAAUAUCACCAUUUCACUUGGUGAUAGGGUGCGAACCUCAUGAGUUUGCCCUUAAAGUGACUUUAUUGAUUUUGCAAAAUCGAGGAAAUCCUAAUUUAAGGUCUGAUGAAGGUUUGACAACCGUCCAUAUAGCAGCAGCAUGGGGAAGAACCGAGAUCCUGAAACUGCUCCUGAGCAAUGGAGGUGACCCGGGAGCAAGAGACGCCAGUGGUAAAACUCCUCUACAUUAUGCGACAGAGGAGGGCUUCACUGACUGUCUCAAUCUGCUCAAGGCCUAUUUGCCUUGUAAAAAUGAUCUCAUCAGAAAUGACAGUGGCACUGAGAAGUGCUGUUUAGUUUUAGAUAAAAUAAUCAUAAAUAAUGGCGCUGUCGUCGGCGAAUACAACAUUACCGAAGAUAACCAGACAACAAACAGUAUUAUCCCUAGCCAGGACCAUCUACAGUCCUUACCAAAAACCGACACAACCGAAUACAUUUUAAACUGGUUUACUACCCAACGUGAAAGUACUAAUUCUGAUACGGUAGACACUACACUCAAUUGUUUAGAAUCCAGUUCUGUAUAUGAGUAUUCAGAUGAGUCUGCCGCUGAAUCGGACAGCUGUGACAAGGAAUCCAAGAGAUAUGACAAAAAGUUUAUUACUUUUAGGAAGGUUUAUAGAAAGACUCGUAGCAAAAGCAAGACUCCAUCUAAAGCAAGCAACCCCACCAUUUUCCGUGACGCCAUUAACUCUGACUCCAAAUGUAAUUUAGAUGAGACACUUUACGUUGAUGCAAUAAGCGUAACACAACUCCAAGACUAUUCCAGAGAAAGUGGAGUGGUCACUUUACCGAGCUCCCUCAAUGAACUCGGGUUGUUCGAGCUAGAAAAAUCCGUGGCCAAGGAGGAAAAAAGCAGCGAUUACCUCACCUGUUCCCACACGAGUGUCGAUUCUUUGGAGAAAAACAUUUUUGAGUUGCCCGAUGAGCUGAAUACUUUGAACUUGGACUCAAAGCAUCAUGAGAGUUUACUUGUUAAAUCCAACACGGAUGUAGUAGAUAAAGAGGAUAGUAUGAAGUCAGAUGGUGGCAGUUCCGGGGGUAGCGACAGUAAUGAGCUGAGCUUUGUGAGUGUUUCUGAGGUUUACAAAUAUGUGGAUAAGGACGAGGGCGUUGUGCUGUAUGAGAGGAGGCUUCUGAAGACUCCGAGCGAUUAUGCAAAAAGUGUCAAAUCCUCCAACGUAUCAUCGAACUUAUCGUCUUUACCUCCCACAUUUGAGUACGACAAUAAGACAUUGAGGCUUGAGCUGACUGCUCUCGGGUAUGAGGUGGGACCCAUAACUGAAACCACCAAAAGGCUGUAUUUAAGAAAACUGUAUCAAUUUAAAAAAUCUCCUGCGGCUGCCCAGAAGAUCGUCAAUAAUGGCAAUAAAGAAGCAAGAAGAGUUUACUCAGUGGAACUUCAAAAAACCCUUAAAAGCCCGGACUUGUGCUCAGAUAUUCUCACUUUUAGAAGCUUAGACGAAAUUUUGGUUCAGCAGUUCAGUAAUCCUGACCCAUCGAGGAAGUGGCGGGAAGGCGUGAAUAAAUCCUCGUUUACUUACUUGCUUUUGGAUCCAAGGAUAACGAAUAAUUUACCGUUUAGGGUCGAUUCGAAGCAAUUACAGCCGUUGGAAGCGUGGAAUACCUUUUUGUCUGCUAUAUUUUAUGUGGGGAAAGGAAAAAGGUCCCGACCUUAUCAACACCUCUACGACGCCGUAGACCUGUGGAAGAAAAACCAAUUAACCCCGUCCAGUAAAAAACUCCAAAAAAUCAUCGACAUUUGGCAGUCUGGAUACGGUGUCAUUUGUCUGCACGUGUUCCUUAAUAUCAUACCGGUCGAGGCGUAUACCAGGGAAGCGGCCAUGAUCAGCGCUUUAAAACUGGAUAAUUUAACCAACAUUAAAUCGGGAGAGUUUUAUGGAAUAGCGUCCACGUGGCAACAAAAACAGAAAAAGAUGUUGGGCGUCUAUUUACUGUAUAGGGCUUUGGGGAUUUUUUUGAACGAGGGCGAGAGGCAAUUGUGUCCUACGGACAUCGAUUAGGGCUUUAUUUUCAGAAUUUAAUCAAAUUUUUUGUGGCAAAGGUAUUUUUUCAAUUAGUUUUUUUUACAUUUAUCAUAUUUAAAUGAUAUUUUCUAUACAACUCCUAAAUUGAACUUGAUACUGAAAAUGAAGUGCCUGAUAUAAAUAAUCCAUUAUAUUAAUGGAAGUGUACAUAUUGUUAUAUGUCUAAGUAUAUAUUGUUUGUUUCUUUGGUAUAAAUUUGAUUGUCUUUAUUUAAUUUGCCAGGGGCAUCUUAAGCAAGAGUUAAACUUUAGGAGCCUAUUGCAAAACAAGAAAACAUUAAAUAAUUUAAUUACUAUAUGGUUCAAUAUUUAAUUGGUUGAGAAGCCUCUGUAUAUGUAUUGUAUGAGUGGAGAAAUCAUACAUUUUGUUGUUUAUUUUGGAUAUAUUUACUUUAUAACACCACUCCAAAUUUUGGGUGAAUAUAUUAUAUAUAAUUCUAUAUUUUUUUGAACAAUAUAUUUUUGGUAUACAAA